GGAAGAGCAAGUGCGCGGGAGCUGGGCGGUGGAGUGCGAGCGCGCAGGCGCGGCUGGGGCCGGACAGCGACUCCGGAAUCUCAGCGAGUCCCACUCUGCGUCGCACCCCGAGCCGCCACCAUGGCCGCCUAUAAGCUGGUGCUGAUCAGGCACGGCGAGAGCGCUUGGAACCUGGAGAACCGCUUCAGCGGCUGGUACGACGCCGACUUGAGCCCUGCCGGGCACGAGGAGGCGAAGCGCGGCGGGCAGGCGCUGCGAGAUGCUGGCUAUGAGUUUGACAUCUGCUUCACCUCCGUGCAGAAGAGAGCAAUUCGGACUCUCUGGACAGUGCUGGAUGCCAUUGACCAAAUGUGGCUGCCUGUAGUGAGGACUUGGCGCCUCAAUGAGCGGCACUAUGGGGGUCUGACUGGUCUUAAUAAAGCAGAAACUGCUGCCAAACAUGGUGAGGCCCAAGUAAAGAUCUGGAGGCGCUCCUAUGAUGUCCCGCCACCUCCGAUGGAACCCGACCAUCCCUUCUACAGCAACAUCAGUAAGGAUCGCAGGUAUGCAGACCUCACUGAAGAUCAGCUACCCUCCUGUGAGAGUCUGAAGGACACAAUUGCCAGAGCUCUGCCCUUUUGGAAUGAAGAAAUAGUUCCCCAGAUCAAGGAGGGGAAACGGGUCCUGAUUGCAGCCCACGGCAACAGCCUUCGGGGCAUUGUCAAGCAUCUGGAGGGUCUUUCUGAAGAGGCUAUCAUGGAGCUGAACCUGCCAACAGGUAUUCCCAUGGUCUAUGAAUUGGACAAGAACUUGAAGCCCAUCAAGCCCAUGCAGUUCCUGGGGGAUGAAGAGACCGUGCGUAAAGCCAUGGAAGCUGUGGCUGCCCAGGGCAAGGCCAAAAAGUGAAGGCGAGCAGGCAGACUACUUUUCCAAGGACACCCUCCCUACCCAUCCCGUUCCUCCACAUUUCUUCCCUGCACAUGUCACACUGACCACAUCUGUAGGCAUCUUAAGUUUUAGCUGCAGAUGGGGACCAGUGGCUCCUAAUUUUGUUUAGCCAUUUGUCUCUUGCACCCACUCUCUUCAUAUAGUCUAGUCAGAAUGGCACUUCUGGGGCAUGAGUCUUCAGUCCCAAGCUGAGGGAAGACUUUUACCCAAAAGUAGAGAGUUAGUAACUCUGGUGUUUUUGCUACUGUUUAUUGAGUUGGGGAUAGGAAGGAACCAUGCUAAGAUGUGACCAAUGAGAAGUAAGAGAGCCUAUUUGUAUUCCCAGGAGCCAGUCCUGUACUAUUCUGUAGUCAGGUGACUGUCUAGGGGGGCUCCAGUCAUUCCAGUGAAAGAAUCAUUUCCCCUCUGACCCCAGAAGAGUUGGC